AUGCAACAAGCCAGACAGAAAGUGUAUGCUGCAGCUUCCAAUAAGAAUUUCAAAGCCUUCAGUGAUGCAAUAAUUGGUGUCACUUUUGAAAACUCAGAUUGUUACAACUCCCCGGAUAUUGAAGAAAUUAUGGAAACAGUAUUGGAUUGGAAAUCGAAUAGAUUGGAGGCGAUGGAAUUAAUGUUUCAACAUAAGGCCGAUCCUAAUGAAAGUUGUUCAUCAACUAAUUUUACAUCAUUUUUUCAAAGGGUAGUUGCUGAGGAAGACAUGCCAAUGAUACGACUAUUUCUCGAAUAUGGAGCUGAUCCAAAUAUUUCAAUUGGAAUUUUAGUAAAAGGAACACGUCAUAUGAGAAGUAGACAUUUAUAUAAUCCAUACUUGUAUAUGUGCGUCUCUAAUCAGAAUUUGAAAGUAUUUAAUUGUUUAUUGGAAUAUGGAGCUAAUCCUAAUAUUUUGGGAUCUGGAAGAGUUGAAUUAUCUGAAGAGUAUCCUUUGAAAGUUAAGGAGCUGCCUAUUCAUGAGGCAUGUAAUUUACACCAGCAUCAUAGAAAUACAACAACACAAAUGAUCAAGGCACUAAUCAAUUAUGGAACUGACAUCAAUUAUUAUGGUUAUUCUCGUAUGAGAAGUAAUGGAUUUGAUAGAAAUAACGAAACUAAUAUUGAAAUUGAAUACACUCCUCUUCACAUUGCUAUCAAUUCCAAGGAUGAAGAAUUGUAUUAUUUCCUUCUUUCCAAUGGAGCUUUAUCAUCGAUACCUUUCAAAAGAGAUGGAAAUGAAAUAUCUACAAAUGAUUUAAUGAGGGAAAAUCAUGUUAAUAUGUGGGAUUUGAUAUUUGAAUGGCAUCCUAAUGUACAUAGAUUCCUGACGCCUUCCUUAAAAAAAACAAUCCAAACACUGACUAUGUGUGUUUUCAAGAGUGAAUGUAACCUCAAUAUGGAUGUAUUGUCUAUUAUUUAUACCUUUAUUUGUUUGGAAGAUUUUUACGAAAGAGACCUUCCAUUCAGGAGGGCACGAGAGAAGAAGAGAGAAAGUUUAUUUUAA